CUCAGCAUCGGAUAAAAUUGGCUCAAGAGAGAGAGAAAAAGAAAGUUCCACAGAGGCGCUCAGUGUCUCUCUCUCAAUCUCUGUGCGGCUAUGGCGGAAAUGGGCCAGGCCGAAGUCGAAGUGCGGCGGCCACUGCAAGUGUGGCGAGCUCUGAUGGACUGGGUGGCAUUUUUGCUCCACAUAAUCCUUCAGAUCGUGAGGGGCACUCCCUCUGUGGCUCAGUUUGUUCUCUCAUACAUGGGCCUCAAUAGACUCCCUCCUCUUCUGGCUUCUUCUUCUUCUUCUUCUUCCUCUCCCUCCUUCAAGCCUUUGCCCCUAAUCGAACUCUCUCUCCAUGAUUCUUCUUCUCCGUUGGCCAAGGCGCGCGUCAGCGUCGACAGUUGCGUGGGCGAAGAUAAUGGCGCCGAUGACGAUCAUCGCAUCGCAAAGCUCACGGUUGUUCUUGACUUGGAUGAAACUCUAGUGUGUGCAUAUGAAACUUCUAGCUUGCCUGCCAUUGUUCGUGAUCAAGCAAUAGAUGCAGGGUUGAAGUGGUUCGAGAUGCAAUGUGUAUCCUCAGCCAAGGAUUUUGAAGGGAAAGAAAAGGUCAACUAUGUGACAGUGUUUGAACGUCCUGGCUUGCAAGAGUUUUUAGAACAGAUUAGCAAAUUUGCAGAUCUUGUUCUAUUCACUGCUGGUCUUGAAGAUUAUGCUAGACCACUUGUAGACAGAAUAGAUGCAGGGAACAGAUUUAGCCUUCGUCUUUAUCGGCCUUCAACAAGUAGAACGGAAUAUCGAGAACAUGUGAAGGAUUUGUCAUGCUUAUCAAAAGAUCUCUGCCGAGUUGUUAUUGUUGAUAACAACCCCUUUAGUUUUCUGCUGCAACCGCUGAAUGGAAUACCAUGCCUUCCAUUCUCCGCUGGACAGCCAUAUGAUGACCAGCUGUUGGAGGUCCUGCUUCCACUCCUCAAGGACCUCUCCCUGCAAAAAGAUGUGAGGCCUGUACUCUAUGAGCGGUUUCACAUGCCUGAAUGGUAUCGAAUGCAUGGGCUUCCCGUUUCUGGAUCAAUGGUGUAAGAUUAUUUAAAUCAUGUGAGCAACCUGUGAUAUUCUGGUAGCCGAGUAUAUAGGUGUCUCAUAAAAGCAGUUGUUUGUCAUCGUUUGAGCAGCUGCCAACCUAUGAAUUCAAAGAGAUAUACUACUUCUACGAAGACAUCUUGUAAAA